AUGUUGUAUGAACUCAAUCUCAAUCUCUCUGGAAACAUCAAGAUUGAUGUACCCAGGAUUAUAUCGUUGAACUUGUCCUUUCUGUAUGGACUGUUUCUAGUGGUCAUCUCUUACAUCUUCAGCGGUCCGCAAAUGCGUUUACUUCAAACUAUAUCAGAUAUUUCUUUAAGAUUGCCACAAAAGUCAUAUCAAAAACUAUCCAAAUUAAUACACGCUAAGGAUAUUUUCGGCUUUUUCUUUCAUUUCUGGCUAGCGUUAACAUUAUAUUUCUCAUAUACUGAAAAAAAUGUUUUCGGUUUAUUCGAUAUCUUCAGAAUUUUUAUCAGCUUGUUAGGAUUUCAAAUAGAUAUGCUAUAUAUAAAUUGCGUUUGUGUCUUAAAGGCCUGUUUCAAAGAAAUCAAUAAUAAUUUGGAGAAUCUGCGGGAGCUGAUGAUAAUUAAUCCUAGACAGAACUAUCAUGAGCAAAGACAUCCGUUUUUGCUGAUAAAACUUAAUGAUCUGAAGAAACAGCAUCUGAUGAUAAGUGACACAGUGCAGAUGCUUAACAUGAUUUUCAGUCUGCAUCUUCUCGCUACCAUAGCUUUAUCCUUCAAGCAGAUAAUAUUCUACGUGUAUUCCAAUGUAAUACAAUGGCAAAACGGGAUAUCCUUGAAUCAAGACGAGAUUAAUAAUGCUUAUUUUAUAUCAGUCUUAAUAUAUUAUUUUACAAGAUUGACAUUGAUAGUGUGGGCUUGCGAAACUGGCAAAAACGAAGCGAUAAAAAUUGGCACUACCAUUCACGAUGUACUUAACGGCAUCAGCGAUGUACAAAUCAAAGAUGAGUUAAAUUUGUUCUCCUUGCAAAUAUUGCAUUGCGAUAAUACAUUCUCCGCGAAAGGAGGUCUAACUAUAGAUGCAACGUUGCUCACUGCGAUGGUGAAUAGUAUUUCCACGUAUCUAUUAAUUUUAAUACAAUUUUUGUUCAUGACGCAUUCCUGCGACAGCAAGACAAAUGCAAUUAAUUAUACAAAAUAA